CUCUCUUACAUCCAAAAAAACACACACACUACACACAGUUCACAAACCUUAAAAAAGAAAGAAAAAAAAGAAAGAUGUCUGCAAUAACAGAUGAGAUAAGAGCGAGUGCUUCAGAAAUGUACCACGGAGAUGAAAUCUGCCAAGAGAAAUCGAAGUGGCUGCUCACAGAAAUGGGUCUGCCGAACGGGCUUCUGCCAUUGAAGGAUAUCGAGGAGUGCGGCUACGUCAAGGAAACCGGGUUCGUUUGGCUCAAGCAGAAGAAGAAGUGCGAGCACAGGUUCGUCAAGAUCAACCGCCCGGUUCAGUACGCCACCGAGGUGACCGCUUACGUCGAGCCGAACCGGAUCAAGAAGCUAACCGGAGUCAAGACCAAGGAGCUUCUCCUGUGGGUCACUCUCUCCGAUAUCUCCGUUGACGAUCCGCCCACCGGAAAGAUCACCUUCAAGACUCCGACCGGGCUUUUCCGGACUUUUCCGGUGGAGGCCUUCCAGCUUGAGGAGGAGCCGGCGAAGGUUGAGGCGGCGGCGGCGCCGCCUGCGGCGGUGAAGGAGGAGGUUAAGGUCGGUGCGGCCGCUGUUGAGGUGAAGGAGGUGUAGGGUAAUUAAAUGCUGGAUUAUUAUUAUUAUUAUUAAUUAUUAUUAUUAUUAUAUAAUCACUAAAGAAUGGGAUUAAUUUGGUAAUCACUUGUGAUUAUCUAAUUAGUCGAUCUAUGUUAUCUUUUAUUAAUCCUUUGUUUAAUUUUAUAUUUCUAUCUUAAAGUAUGGUAUCAAAUAAGUUUCAUUUUAUGAGUUUAUAUAAUUAAUUUAUCUUCUCUUU